CCUCUCUUUGCGGUCAAUUUCUUAAAGGGAAGGACUCUUUCGUCUAUAUCUUCAAUUAUCUCUUGUGUUUGCCUAACAAGGAUUAUAUAUAAAACCCCAUAACUUCUUCUUGUUUAUUUGUGUUUUGCGAGUGUGUGUGUUGCUAAAAAUAUUCACUUUGGCAUUUCAAGAACCUCAAUAAACAUGGUGGGUUAUGAGGAAAAGCUUCUUGCAGGAGGAGAACAACAGCUCUCCCUUUCUCAACCUGGCCCUCUUGUCUUUGAGCUCGAUCGUCUGCAGAACCUUCUUAGAGAGAAAGACACGGAAUUGGGAGCUGCUAAUGCAGAAAUUAAAGCUUUGAGAACAACAGAAGUUUCAAAGGAUAAGGCUAUAAAAGAGCUUGGAAAUGAAGUUAAUAAACUGGAGGAGAAGCUCACAAUCUCUGAAAAUCUUGUAGAGCAUAAGAAUCUUGAAAUCAAGAAACUCAUAAAUGAAAAGAAAGAUGCAUUAGCUGCACAUUAUGCGGCAGAAGCAACUCUUAGAAGGUUGCAUGCAAAUCUAAAGGAUGAUGAUUCACUUCCUAUUGAGUCCAUCAUAGCUCCUCUUGAGGCAGAGAUUAAAAUGUAUAAAAAUGAGAUUGCUGCAUUACAGGAGGACAGGAAGGCAAUGGAACGCCUCACCAAGUCGAAAGAGUUAGCUCUUCUUGAAGCAGAACGGAUCCUUCAAAGUGCUCUAGAAAGGGCUUUAAUCGUAGAGGAGGUUCAAAAUCAAAAUCAUGAGUUGAAGAAACAGAUAGAAAUCUGCCAGGAAGAGCACAGAAUUCUGGAGAAAACGAAUCGCCAAAAAGUUAUGGAGGUUGAAAAGCUUAGCCAGACCAUUCAAGAGCUUGAAGAGGCAAUUCUAGCUGGUGGGGCUGCAGCCAAUACUAUCCGUGACUAUAAGCGACAAAUUUCUGAGCUACAUGACGAGAAAAGAUUGCUGGAGAGAGAGCUAGCCAGAGCCAAAGUUUCAGCAAAUCGAGUAGCAACUGUAGUAGCUAAUGAGUGGAAGGAUGAAAAUGACAAGGUCAUGCCUGUCAAGAAAUGGCUGGAAGGGAGAAGGCUGCUGCAGGCGGAGAUGCAACGGCUAAGAGACAAGUUAGCUGUAGCAGAGAGAACAGCUAAGGCAGAAGCACAGCUCAAGGACAAGUUGAAGUUAAGGCUAAAGACACUGGAGGAAGGCUUAAAGCAUGUAUCGAGUUUCUCUGUUAACUUCACUAAGCCAGCAAAAACCAGUAACAUUCUAGGAUUUCUAACAAGUAAUGGAGGAUUAAGGAAGAGGUCAACUUCACAGCCAAGGGCUUCCACCAUCAGUAGAGGUAUUCCUUUGCAGCAACCAAACAUAGAAAACGAAAAUACCAUUGCUGGUGGGGAGCUGAAACAAGCUGAUAGCUUCAAAAAGAAAUACUGUUACGCAGAAAACAAAUUGAGAAAUAGUCUAUGGUCAUCUAGGAGUAAGAUUAUUGAUAGCAACGGAAAGGAAAACACAGAAUUGAAGGCGAAUACUUACGCAAAUAUCGACAUGUAUAAGAAUGAUGAUACAACAAUUUCGACAGAACUCAAAAACAAAGCUGGUGGCAAUGAGGACUUACAUUGUAAGAGAAGUACCAAUCCUGAAUGUGAAGACGUAGUUUCAGGAUUUCUAUAUGACAGACUUCAAAAGGAGGUCAUAAAUCUAAGGAAGAUUUGCGAGGCUAAAGACAGUAGCUUGGAUGCUAAAGAUAAAGAAAUUCAGAUGCUCAUGAAGAAUGUUGCUGCACUGAACAAAGCUAUUGAAGUUGAAUCGAAGAAAGUGAAGAAAGAAACUGCAGCCAGAGAGAAAGAAGCUGUAUUAGCAAAAGUGGAUCAUAACAAAAAGUUUGGGAGUAUGAACUCCACUAGAAGGUUAAUGAAAGUGUCUUGAAGAAUUCUUUGAUUGGAUUUACUUGAAAUCUAUUCUACCUUAAAUUAAUUUCAUUCUUCAACCUGGUGUUCUGAUUUUUCCAUGUAAAUCUGGGGCUGCUUUAGUGAUGAUAGAUAGUUGAAAUAAAGUUCAGAUUCAAUGCGAAAGGAGUUCUGACCUUGUUACCUGAUAGCAUGGAGUUGAAUUGCAAUUAUUUCUGCUUUGAGAUAUACUUGAAUGAUUUCCAAUUUGGUUUGCUUUGUGUAUAUGAAUAAAUAGCAAUACAGAUGAUCUGAAAAUUGGAAACAAAAUGUUCUACUCAGCAAGAAAUAUGUACAUAGAAACGGUUUUUAUACAAAUAAAGGCCAGAGAGAUUCAUUGGAAAAUUAUGUGUACAACAAAAAUAUAGACCCCAUCUUGCCUCU